GCUGCCGCCCCACGAGCCGCCGCCCCCGCGCCUGUUGCGGCGCGAAUCCCUGGCCGCGAGCGCAAGGAGCCUGCGGAAGGAGCCAUGGCUCUGGACGGGAUAAGGAUGCCAGAUGGCUGCUACGCGGAUGGGACGUGGGAACUGAGUGUUCAUGUGACGGACCUGAACCGCGAUGUCACCCUAAGAGUGACCGGGGAGGUGCACAUUGGAGGGGUGAUGCUCAAGUUGGUGGAAAAACUUGAUGUAAAAAAGGAUUGGUCUGACCAUGCUCUCUGGUGGGAAAAGAAGAGAACUUGGCUUCUUAAAACACAUUGGACCUUGGAUAAGUACGGCAUUCAGGCGGAUGCUAAGCUUCAGUUCACCCCCCAGCACAAACUGCUCCGCCUGCAGCUUCCCAACAUGAAGUAUGUGAAGGUGAAAGUGAAUUUCUCUGAUAGAGUCUUCAAAGCUGUUUCUGACAUCUGUAAGACUUUUAAUAUCAGACACCCUGAAGAACUUUCUCUCUUGAAAAAACCCAGAGAUCCAACUAAGAAAAAAAAGAAAAAGUUAGAUGACCAGUCUGAAGAUGAGGCACUUGAAUUAGAGGGGCCUCUUAUCACUCCUGGAUCAGGAAGUAUAUAUUCAAGCCCAGGACUUUAUAGUAAAACAAUGACCCCCACUUACGAUGCUCAUGAUGGAAGCCCCUUGUCACCGACUUCUGCUUGGUUCGGUGACAGUGCUUUGUCAGAAGGCAACCCUGGUAUACUUGCUGUCAGUCAGCCAAUCACGUCACCAGAAGUUUUGGCGAAAAUGUUCAAGCCUCAGGCUCUUCUUGACAAAGCAAAAACCAACCAAGGGUGGCUUGAUUCCUCAAGAUCUCUCAUGGAACAAGAUGUGAAGGAAAAUGAGGCCUUGCUUCUUCGAUUCAAGUAUUACAGCUUUUUUGAUUUGAAUCCAAAGUAUGAUGCAAUCAGAAUCAAUCAGCUUUAUGAGCAGGCCAAAUGGGCUAUUCUCCUAGAAGAAAUUGAGUGCACAGAAGAAGAAAUGAUGAUGUUUGCAGCCUUGCAGUAUCACAUCAAUAAGUUGUCAAUCAUGACAUCAGAGAAUCAUUUGAACAACAGUGACAAAGAAGUGGAUGAAGUUGAUGCUGCCCUUUCAGACCUGGAGAUCACUUUGGAAGGGGGGAAAACAUCAACAAUUUUGGGUGACAUCACUUCUAUUCCUGAACUUGCUGACUAUAUUAAAGUUUUUAAACCAAAAAAGCUGACUCUAAAAGGAUACAAGCAAUAUUGGUGCACCUUUAAAGAUACAUCUAUUUCUUGCUAUAAGAGCAAAGAAGAAUCCAGCGGCACACCAGCUCAUCAGAUGAACCUAAGAGGAUGUGAAGUUACCCCAGAUGUAAACAUUUCAGGGCAAAAAUUUAACAUCAAACUCCUGAUUCCAGUUGCAGAAGGCAUGAAUGAAAUCUGGCUUCGUUGUGACAAUGAAAAGCAGUAUGCACACUGGAUGGCAGCCUGCAGAUUAGCCUCCAAAGGCAAGACCAUGGCAGACAGUUCGUAUAACUUAGAAGUUCAGAAUAUUCUUUCCUUUCUGAAGAUGCAACAUUUAAACCCAGAUCCUCAAUUAAUACCAGAGCAGAUCACAACUGAUAUAAAUCCUGAAUGUUUGGUGUCCCCUCGCUAUCUAAAAAAGUACAAGAACAAGCAGCCAGGCUAUAUAAGAGAUUUGAUAACAGCAAGAAUCUUGGAGGCCCAUCAGAAUGUAGCUCAGAUGAGUCUAAUUGAAGCCAAGAUGAGGUUUGUUCAAGCUUGGCAGUCGUUACCAGAAUUUGGCAUCACACACUUUAUUGCAAGGUUCCAGGGAGGAAAAAAAGAAGAACUUAUUGGGAUUGCAUACAACAGACUGAUUAGGAUGGAUGCCAGCACAGGAGACGCAAUUAAAACAUGGCGUUUCAGUAACAUGAAACAGUGGAACGUAAACUGGGAAAUAAAAAUGGUCACGGUAGAGUUUGCAGAUGAAGUACGAUUGUCCUUCAUUUGUACUGAAGUAGAUUGCAAAGUGGUUCAUGAAUUCAUCGGUGGCUACAUAUUUCUCUCAACACGUGCAAAAGACCAAAAUGAGAGUUUAGAUGAAGAGAUGUUCUACAAGCUUACCAGUGGUUGGGUGUGAAUAGAGAUACUGUGUAAUGAAACUCCAUGGCCAUAACAAUAUUUAACUUUGAAAGCUGUUGGUUGUUAUAUGCUGCUUAAUAAAGUAAGCUUGAAAUUUAUCAUUUUAUCAUGAAAACUUUUUUGCCUUACCAGACCAGUUAAUAAGUGCACUAACAAGCACGACUAUUAAUCUGCUAUCAUGAUACAAUAUAUGGACUUGAAUAUGGCACACAUUCCUUAGGGCCAUGAAUUGAAAACUAAAGUAGUGGGCAAGUCAGGAGCAAAAAAUCACUGAUUUAAUUUAAGCUAGCCAAACCAAGAAACUUAAGCCAUCUACUUUAAAGCUAUCCAGGGCUUAAACUAUAUGAAGUCUAUUUAUCAUGUUUAAUGCAUGUGUUUUAAUGUAUGUUUAAUUUGAUCUUGUGUUUUAAAAAUACCUACUUCUGGUAGCCAUUGAUUCUCCAUCCCCCACUCCCACCCCCAAAUAAAUCAGGCCUGCGAAAGAUGCCUGAUAUUUAAUAAUGUCAUUGUUUGACCUUGAAGGAAAAUGCUAUCAGUCCGUUAGGCUUGGUUUGUUUUUGUCCUUGAAGAAGCAUGUAUGUAUAUUGUCUGUGUUUUUAUUUUUACACCCUAUUGUAUUACAACACUUUUAGUAUUCACCAGCAUAUUCACUGUCUGCCUAAAAUAUGCAACUUUUGCAUUACAAUAUGAAGUAAAGGUCUAUGAAGUAUGCAUUUUGUGUAACUAAUGUACAAACACAAAUUUUAUAAAAUUGUACAGUUUUUUUAAAAAACUACUCACAACUAGCAAAUGCCUUAGAUGUAGCAUCUUUGCAUUAAUUAAAUGCUUUUAAAAAUAUAAUUAAUGUGCAGUUUUCAUACCUGCUAAAUUAAGAAUGACUUCAUUAUAGUCAUAAUUUGCCACAGUGUCCUUAACUCUAAUGCCUGGACUGGCCAUGUUCUCGUCCGCUGCGCUGUUACGGUCCCCGUUGGUGCUAGUCAGAAAAUUCCUAGCUCACACAACCCAAAAGGAUGCCGGGAGGGGUGGAUUACCAGUAUUGUCCAAUAAUCCAUGGUUUAAAGACUGUAUAAAUGCAUUUUAUUUUAAAUAAAAGCAGAAUCUUUU